UCGCACCAGUAAGUAGAAUAUACAGAGCAAUUACAAGAACAAGAAACGAGGGUAGACCGUAAGAAAAGUACCCCAUGAUGAAUGAAGGGUGGAACGUCGAAAUCAGCGGUCUCGUCAUUGUGCUGUGUUUGGAUCUAAGGCUGUUGCUACUCUUCCAUGUACCACUUGCUCAAAGGAUUUCAUGAAUAUCUGACGCGAAAAGAAGAAUUCUCAGUGAUCAUCAUCGGUCUGGACGGUGCGGGAAAAACCACACUAUUGGAGCAAAUUAAGACACUGUAUACCGAUACUCCUGGUCUAUCUCCUGACAAAAUCGCGCCUACCGUCGGACAGAACACCGGGAAAAUCGCGUUACCGUCAACUAUCUUACAGUUCUGGGACCUUGGCGGUCAACGUGGUAUCAGAAAUAUAUGGCCAAAAUAUUACGACGAUUGUCAUGCUGUAGCCUAUGUCAUUGAUGCAGAUGACCGGGAGCGGUUGAGCGAGGGCUGGGAAGUCUUCGAUGCCGUCCUUUCCGCGCCCCAAAUUCUUGGAUUGCCUCUGCUCCUCCUUGCGAAUAAGCAAGAUUCCCCGCAUAGUUUGUCUGUCGAAGAGAUACGACAUGACUAUGAAGAUUGGUAUCAGAGAAAGGUGGAGAAUGCGCGCCGGAGCGUUAGAUAUGGAGAAGGCGAUGAGAUGUCCGCACGAAGAGAACGUAUUGCAAGUCUAGAAGUCAUGGGUAUCUCCGCUAUUCAAGGAACCGGCGUAAGGAAUGCUGUCGACUGGCUCUUUUUGCGGGUGCAAAACAGUCGAAGGGAACCGCCGAAGGGUUCCAAUAAUGCCGGAUCAUGAGCACUUGAGGUUAAUAGCUCUGCAACCGAGGUGGAGUUGGGCAGUUCAGGUAUCCCAUGUGAUUCAUCCCCACAAACACGAGACAAAUUUUAGCUACUUAU